GGUUGUUGAAAACAAACCCGGUUUUAGGAGACAGGAGCUGAUGGCAGUUUAACUGCAAAGAUAUGGUUUUGUCUUUGGCUCAGUACGAAAUAAAGACAAUAUGGAGCUGUCUACGCUGAUCAAGAAGAUUGGUCACCCCCUGGUGGAAAUCCGAGAGCGAGCCCUGAAGAACAUCGUAUUUAAACUGGAACACGCCUUAAUUACUGUUCCCGACCUUGCCCAAGAGAAAAUGCUGUUUGUUUCACUGCUGGAGUGGUUUAACUUCCCAGAGGUACCUACACCAGGAGAAGUGAUGGGCCUCCUGAAUGUCUUAGCCAAACACCCGACGGCAGCGCAGCUGCUCAGGGAGGUGGGAGCAGUGGAGUUCCUGUCUCAGCUUCGGCCCAGCGUGGAGCCAGAGCUGCAGCCAAGCGUGGAUGGCAUCUUGGACAGGCUUUUCCAGCUCCCAGAACUCCCUCCUGACUGUCCACAGGCCUUUGACCAAGGGCAGGAGCUGGCAGCCGCUGAAAAUAAAGUCCUUCUUGAGCAAAUAGAAGAGGUGUCGCCAAUGAUGGGAUAUUUCCAGAAAAGUUCACGAGACACAAGGCAAUCGGCUAUCGCUCCACACACAAUAGCAGUGGGCGAUGCAGUGAAGUGCUUGAAGUUUUCCACUUUUCCCUGGUUAGCUUUGACAACAACGGAUAGACAUAUAUUGUCAUCAAACGAAAGCUCCCUGAGGAGUAACAACCACAGUUUAGUUCGCACAACUUGUGAACUUCUGCAGGAUGUGAUUAUGCAGGAUUUCCCAGCUGAGAUUUUUCUUCAGCGUCCAAAAAUAGUACAGAAUCUGCUCUCGCUACUAAAGCUGAAUGGUGGCAGAGGCAGCAGUGUGUAUUUAACACUUCAGGCUAUUGCCUGCCUGCAGCAGUUGUGCACAAAUCUGAGAAGCAGACUUCACUUUUACAGAGAUCCAAGCUUCCUCUCAGCCAAGCAAGAUUCGGUGUCGCAGAAUUCCUCAGUGUCCUACUCCCAGGAGAUGAGGGGAACCCAGGCGUCCCGCAACCCUUCGCCGGAAGACUCCAGUCCCAGGCCUUCGGUCAUCGGCCGGACAGUUCAGAGAGCCCGAGGGGAUGGGCAGGACGGAGACGCUGCGUCGUCCAGCAUGAAAACCUUCCUUCGUGUCCUGGAACUCUUGUCCGAGGUGAUGCCUCUCCUGAAAGACUGCAUAUCUGAGCAGAUCUGGGAUGACAACAGCCUAAUUGGACUGGAAUUGAAAGAAAAGCUGCUGGCAUCCAUGGACUGUUUAGGAGACAUCUUGUCUCACCAUCAAGAAGCCGGCUAUGCAGAUCAAGCGGAGUCUGUUAUCGUCCACCACAGAAUGGCAUACAUUGGCACUGCAAUCUUCACCAUUCGGCUGCUGCAGACUCUCCUGCCAGUGGAAAAGGGAGAAAAGAACUGGUUGGAACUAAUUGAGCUGGCAGAUCAGGCAGUAGAAGGCUUUCCAUGCCAUCAGCACUUGGCCGUUGUCAAGGAGUUUAUUGGAAUCUGUUCUUACAUCUGGAAAUCCGCACAGUCGAGCCCACGACUUCAGACCGAAAGUCAGAAGGUGUUUUUGAAGCUACUGUCCCAUCCCCUCCCCUCUGUGAAGACUGAAACAUAUUCUUGCACCCUUCAUCUUGUGAAGGAUUGUUUGGGAAUCCAGAAUGUCACAAAGCCAGUAUCGUCGAUUUGUGAAGGGGUUUGUUUUCUCCUCCAUCCUCGCAUUCUGUAUGAGAUUUGCACAUUUGGCUUGCAGGACCAAGAACAGAAGGUAAAUGGUGCUGCCAAGGAGAUACUGCUUUUUCUGUUGAAAGGACAAUUGAUGAUGACAACUCUAACCUGGAACAAAUUCACUGAGGCACUAUGCCCAGUGGUUCCAGUUUUACAGGGAUAUGCGGAUACUGAAGAUACACUGGGAAAUUGUGUCCUGCUCAUCAGCGAAGCCCCAACCGAAACAAAAGAUGGGAUGUUCCCAAAUUCUGUUAGGAUAAGAGCAGCUAUUAGACUUCUUUUCUCUAAACAACAGAAGGUUCGGGCCACAGCUGUGAAACAUUUAAUGUGCCACCUCAUGAGUGGUGAAGGAGCUGGCACCAGGAGACCAUUGCUGGACAGUGCCCUUCAGUCUGCUUUGGCUUCUUUGUAUAUCGUGAAUAAAUCAGUUGACAUUAGACUCGAUGAUACGGAAAAAUCAUUUUUUAAGGUGGAUGCAGUCAACAAACUUUACAAUAUUCUCACUUCAGAGACUGUUGACCUUGUGCUCCGGAAAUCAGCCGCAGAACAGCUGGCUCUCAUUUUGCAUGAUACAACACUGCAUGCAGUGCUGAAAAGCCUAGGAGUGACAGAGAAAGUCAUAUCUUUUAUAAAUGAAUGUGUACACAACGGUGUAAAGAGUAUGGACUGUCUUUUGGAGUCUUGCUUCACUAUACUGAGGAAGCUGGUGUAUGCAGACCCAGGCCUGCGCCACUGCCUGGCCCAGAAGGCCUCUGUUCUAAUGAUGCUUCUAAGAGCUUCCUUGAUAGUAAAAGAAAAUUCAGGGGACCUUGCUGAACCUGCAGCAUUGAUGUGUCUGUUGCUGUUUGAUGAAGUUGCAAGAAUGGACAUUUGGACAGAGGAUUCGGCAGUCAGUGGAAAUUGCACUCCUUCAUUUUCAAUCCCUGUUUCUGUUGUCAGAAGGUACAAUCUUCCCUUCGAAGCUGUGUCUCACCAUUUGGUUAGUCCUUACCGCACAGUCCUCCCUCUGCAGUCAGACCUGGUGGCUCUGGCACCAGCCUGGCGGCUGCUUCAGUUUGCCUGGAAUCGAGCGUGGUUUGGUGGAGUCGACAACCUCCUGGCUCAGCUGGAGAGCCACAGAACUGGCUUUACGGAGUUCCUUGAUGAUCUGAACUUGUCACUCGCUCAGGUUUUGAUGCUGAAAGUGACUCACGUUUGCAGUGACCUUCAGGACUGUUUGCACUGUAUCCACAGUGCGUUGUCUCACAGUGCUGUGAGCUCUGCCUUGGCACGGAUUCGCUUCCAUCUUCUGACCGACAGGCUGGCUCUCCGACAGGGCUCACUGAGCACCAAAAAUGUGCUUAAGACUCUGGAAUGGCACACCGCCAUUGACAGGUUUCUUCAGGUUCUCCCAGCGUGCACAGAGGAUGAGAAGCUACUGGUGGAUGUGGUGGUUUUCCUGAACAAAUUAUUCAAAGAGCAGAAGUCAGAAACCAAUGGUGACGAUCUCCAGUGGAUCUUAGAACUGAUUCUUAAAUUGGAAACAAACACAAUACUAAACUUACUACUACGGCCAGAAUCUCAGGCACAAGGGGAAAUAGAAGAAAUCCAGGCAAUCAUUAGUCAGAAGCUUCAGAAAGAGCUAAUGAGUUUCUUCAACACCUUACUUAACUGUCUGACCUGUGUUUCUGACAGGGUAUGCCUAACCUUGGCGGGACCUUUUAAGACACAGCUGGCCCUCAAACUACUUCACUGCCUAAGGCUCUCUGAUGCUCCCCGAUUCUACGGGCUGCCUUCACUUGAAAGAACGCUGAGGACAAUGGUUCAUGUCACAGUCCUGCCUGGAUGGAGCUCACACAGUCCCUUGCUAGACCCAGGUUCACUCUGCGCGAAGUACCUAACUGGGCUUCUUGAGGUUAUUUCUUCAUUCUAUGUGCAAUUGGGAGGAAAUGCCAUGUCUUUCAUGGGUAAAGGAGUCACUAAGAAUGCAGUCCUCUGCUUGCUUCAUUUAUCUCAUGAAAUGAUGAGGGAAACCAAAAACCAGGAAUGGGUGUCACUGUGGUCUCUGGCCGACGAUCAAAGCGCUGAAGAGCAGGCAGGCUCACGGCUGGGGCUGGCUUGGCUCAUUCCUCUGUGGGUGGAUAGGGACCCCGAGGUAAGAUUCGCCAGCCUUGGGAUCGGAUCGGCUCUGACGACGGUGGACUGCGGGUGCUUCGGCCUUUCAGCCAGCUGCCAGAACAUUUCUGGAGGGCUGUGGGGGACGCUGCUGAACAUCCUCCUUGACCGAAUGGAGUGCAGCAUGGUCCGCCGAGAGGCAGCAUUCAUCAUACAAAACCUCUUGGUGAUGCCUAUGCCUGCUAACUCUGAAGAAUCCAAGGACUUUGCUUGGCAGAGCCCAUGUGUGCAUGAUGAAGACUCGGGAGUGUCGCUGGUGGGGCUGCCUGCCCUACAUGCCCUGCUCUAUCACUGCCAGUUUUUUGAACAUGCCAGUCAGAUGGCAAAGUCCUGCUAUCAGGGCAGGCACUCCUUUGAUCUGAACAUUUCAAGAGCCCCCAGCGAUCUUGUGGCCAGUAUCACAGACGAUUUUGAGGACUCCAUGAAGUACUGGAGAGGCUUAUCCAGCAUGUCAAACCAAAGCCACGUGUCAAGCUCGCUGUCCACAUCCAGUACUCUGAUCCUUCCUGAAGGGACAACGGGAGUGCAGACCUCUGUCCUGUCAUCGUCAAGGGCUCCUGAUCCAGAUACUCCGGUCAGCAGACUGAUGGCACAAGGCCAGAGUGACACAGACACGACAGAUUCCUUAAGCUCCCAGGACUCCAGAAUGCUAGAACAGUCCUCAGACCACUGUGGCAUUGUUACACCCCAUCUGAUAUCGGCCAUCUGUGGAUUGCUGACCAACCUGUUAACCGUUUUACCAGAAUUCACAUUAAAUGCGAUCGAACAGAAUCAGAUACUUGUAUCGCUUGCCAGUUUGACUGAUGCAGGCAUUGUAGAGAGAUGUUUCUGGGAACUGAGGUCAUUGACUCUGCUUCCAAGUGACGUUGAAGACAUUAAAAAUCAGGUAUUGAGUCAUUUUCAGUACCUGUCUUCUUUUUCAAAAUUGCUGCAAUCCGCUUUGCUUGUAAAUCCAGACCUGGUCUCUCUGAAGGACUUCAUCAGCCCCCUGCUAACCAAUUUGUUUGCUGUUCUUACACUAAAUCUGAAAGAUACAGAUGAUGGGCUGAAAAGCGCAGCCUAUCACACUUGGGUGGACUUGUUUAUGCUCCUGACCACACUGUUGAAGAAGAACGGCGACGCAGCUCUCCUUACUGUCACAGCACUUCUAGGGAAGCAGUGGAAGUCAUUUGCAGUGACCAUUUCCACCUGUGUCCAGCUGUCAAGCACAUAUUCUUCCCUGUAUACGUCAGCUCUGCAGUUUUUGUCACUUGUUCUGUCUGAGGAGACAAAGCAACAGAUGCAGAAUACUGCCCCAAGGACACCUUUAACCCAGGUCCUGAAUGGGCCUUCAGGAAGUCAGUUAUGUGAAGUAUUACUACAGAGUUUCGAGAAGACAGCUUUUGAAGAUGUUUUGAAGAAAGUUUCAGCAAGUACUCUCAUGGCUCUGCUUGCUAGCAGCCCUAGUGCACAGCAGCAUGCUUUAAAAGCUGGCUUCGUUGAGAGCUCAGUGGAACAGAUGAAACACAUUCAUGCACAGCUUAGUCUGGAAUCCCUCAAACCUGGGAAAACGUCACAAAGAAAAAAGGAGGAGAGCUCUAUGAAAGAGUUGAAGAUGAUUUUACAGCUACUGAGAAACUGUCUUUAUCGUUGUGAUGAAUGCAAAACUGCAGCAACCGAUUCCCGUCUGGCUCUCGUGGUGCACGGUCUCUGGCCCUGGCUUUUCUUAGACGACGCUGCGAUGGAAGCAGCCUUGGAGCUCCUCUGUGUCUAUACAGCUAAUUGCACUGCAGCUUGCCGUUCGCUUUGCUGGAGCAGUGCAGCCCAGAACACGUUGUCAAGAGGCCCUGCCUGCAGCUCUCUGAUGCACAGUGUCAUGAAGCUGGCUUCCCAGAAGGCUCCCGAGAGCAGCAGUGUCCAGAGCCUGGCUUUUGCACUGCUGGCUAACUUAGCCAUGUCUCAUGAUUGUAAAGGAGUGCUGCAGAAGAGCAACUUCCUUCAGAACUGCCGGUCAUUGUCAAUACCAAAGCCUGGAUCUAAAAGUGCCAGUCCUGUGCUACAUUUGUGGCUAAAGCUUUUACUGAACAUGUCCUUUGGAGAAGAUGGACAACAGAUCAUACUGAAGAGUAAUGGUGCCUUAGAGCUGCUAACAGAAAUGUCACAGUACAAACCUCGCAACACUAAACCUGUGGCCCUGCUUAUUCUGCACAACCUCUGUUUCAGUUCUGCCACUAAAGCAAAGGUUCUAGCUAAUGAUAAAGCAGUCAGAGUUCUGGCAUCCUGCUUGGAGAGUAAUCGUACAGAAGUCAAGACCAUUGGAGCUUCAGCUCUGUGGGCUCUGCUCCAUAACUGUCAAAAGGCCAAGGUGGCUUUAAAGAACCCCUCCACCAAAUGUAAAGUUGAUGAAGCAUACAUCUCCGCUAAAAAAGAAACUGCAAAAACAAGCGAUGAACCACUAAUUUCAUACCUACUAAAGUGCCUUGAAAAUCUAAGUAAUCUCUUAAACAGCUAAGCAUUUCUCCUGUGAAGGCCCCGAUUGUAUUUGUUAUAAUCAUGGAAAUCGCAACAUCUGUGAUUUCAUUGAUUGUUCUAAAGGAUUUAUUUUUGAAGCAUAUUUGUGAAUAAAAAAUGACAUGUAUAUAUACUAUUUUGUAACUGUAAAUUAAUUUGACAAUUUGUCAAAAAUGUAUGAUAGAGUAUGUGAUGUUAUUGAUUAUGUUCUGUGACUAAAUGUUAUUUAUAGUUUAUACACAUAUUUCGAGUAUUUUAACCUACUGAAUAAAGAAGUCAUUUCACUCACCUACCCU